CGGUAGAUUAGGUGGUUAAGUGUUGGAAUGUUUGAAUAGCAUUACUGCACUACUGGUCCGAGGGGUUGGACCGGCCGAUCCGGUUCUAACAACACUCAUUUUAAGUUGUAAAGAUUGCCCUUUUUUUAUUUUAGGAAAAAUUCACACACACACACACAUAUAUAUAUUUGAUGAGUUGGGACAUCCUGGGGCAUCUCGUGUGUAUUGCCGGCGCAUUUGCUUGGAAGAGGUGGUUCGGGCUCUCCGCGUGAUGCGUAAUGGGAGAGCUGUGGGACCAGAUGAGAUUCCAGUGGAGUUUUGGAAGCAUGCAGGUCGUGAUGCGUGGGUUUGGUUAACCAAACUCUUCAAUGUUAUCCUCCGGACAGCAUGGAUGCCUGAUGAGUGGAGGGAGAGUCUCUUGGUCCCUCUGUUUAAAGGCAAAGGUGACAUUCAGAGCUGCGAGAAUUACAGAGGCAUCAAACUGCUUAGCCACACCAUGAAGGUUUGGGAGCGAGUUAUCGAGUAUAGGGUGCGGAAAGAGGCGGAUGGGGAGUUAGAUGCGGAUGUUGGACAUCGGGUUGGAGUGGCUUGGGCCAAAUGGCGGUUAGCUUCAGGGGUGUUGUGUGAUCCGAAGAUUUCGCCUAGAAUGAAAGGUAAGUUCUAUCGAUCCGUAGUCAGACCUGCUAUGUUAUAUGGGGCAGAGUGUUGGGCGGUUAAGAAGACUCAUGUGCGUCGUCUGCAUGCGGCGGAGAUGCGGAUGUUACGAUGGAUGUGCGGGAAGACAAGGUUGGAUAGGAUUUCGAAUGAGGUUAUCCGACGUCAAGUAGGUAUGGCACCGGUGGAAGACAAGUUGCGAGAAGCGAGGUUGAGGUGGCUUGGCCAUGUGAGACGGCGGGAUGCUGACGCCCCUGUACGGAGAUGCGAGAGGAUUACAGUUAUCGGGGGAAGUAGGGGAAGGGGUAGACCUAAGAAGAAUUGGGAGGAGGUGAUAAGACAGGAUUUAGGACUUCUCGACCUGACUGAGGAUAUGGCCCUAGAUAAGAACCUUUGGAGAACUAGGAUUAGAGUAGCUGGAUAGGAGCUCGAUGUUGUAGAGGUGGAGCCGGGAGUCUCUUGGAAACAGCCUCCCUACUUCCGAGUAGGGGCAAGGUCUGCGUA